AAACAAUCAUAAUUCUGGUGAAAAGGAGAAAUGUGUGGUGGUUAAGCAUUGAAAAUCAAGAAAAAAAGAAAAAAAGAAGCUAGAUUUUUUCUUGCAGUAAGAGAGAAAAUGGGGGUGUUACCUUAUCUCUCUUCUUCUUCUUUCUACUCAUCAGUUUUUUCCCAGCUAUCUCUCACCUCCAAACAUUUGCAACCCAAUUUGAACUCGAAAUCGGUUGGAUUGCGUGUGAGAUCAAGUUUGGAGGAUGAGAAUUCUGGUACUGGAGCUUCAGACAGUCUUUCAGACCCAAGUAUUUUAAGGGAUGACCAAGUUGUAGCUUCUCGGAGACUAUGUAUUACAUGCUUAUGCUCAACUAUAGCUUUAAUAAGUCCCAAUGGAAAGUCUUUGUCAAGACAAGAAGCCAUUGCCGCAGAAGGAAAAGAGAGGGAUGUUUGCCGUAAUUGUAGAGGCAGUGGUGCUAUUAUAUGUGAUAUGUGUGGUGGUACAGGAAAAUGGAAGGCUUUGAAUAGAAAGCGUGCUAAAGAUGUAUAUGAGUUUACUGAGUGUCCAAAUUGUUAUGGUCGAGGUAAACUUGUGUGCCCUGUUUGUUUGGGUACCGGCUUGCCCAAUAAUAAAGGUCUUUUGAGAAGGCCUGGAGCAAAGCAAUUGCUGGAUAAAAUGUACAAUGGACGGCUACUACCAGGUUCUUAGAUUCUUCGACGAAACCUGUUUACUGCAGAGGAAUGCUGCAAUGAAUGAUCUUGAAUCUUGUAAUAGUAGUUUAGAACUUGAUACUGUUUUCUUCUCCAUACUCGCAAGUUACUGUUGGCGGCAAAGCAAAUCGAACGUUUAGAGAGGAAUCCCAGAUUAGCAUACAGACCACAUUUGUAUGUAAUAUGAGCUCUCAAGCUGUAAGAAGUCGUGUCCCAAUGUGAACCAUUCUUCUUCCCUACAUUUAUAAAGUUAUGAGAUAUGUUGUUCAUA